AUGACCAGUUCAGAUUCAGUACCUUUCUUACAGAAUGAUGAGUUUUGGGACUAUGAUCAGCAAAUAGACAUGGAAUACUUCAAUACAACUAUAUUUUAUGAAAUCCUUUUGAAACAGUCUCUUUUAGUUACAGAGAAACUGUGCCAGCAGAAAGAAGAGACAAAAAUAAUCUACAAGAAGAUUGCAGAUGAGGUAGCUUCGCUAAAAGAGCUUUGGUUUACAAAACAGAAGACAACUGGACAACAUCCAUAUUUAAAGGGUACCCUGAUAAAGGACUAUGAAAGCAAAAAACAAGAGAUUGCAAUGGAAAUUGAAAGAAGAAAAAAACUUGGGUCCGAAUAUGAAAAAAUUCUUAAUAAACAAUAUCAGUUAAUGCUUGAUGACUGGUAUUUCCGAGAGGAACAUUACGUAACAUUUGUUGCUAACCUCGGUGAGGCAUUAAGGUUACUGAAUAGCAAUGGGGAAAGCAGAAGUAAACUUUCCAACUCAGACCACAAACGAAUUGCAGAGCGAACAAGUGCACUUAUCCUCAGUAUGAGCACGGCUGUCACCAAAGAAUGCCAGCGGCUAAAGGCUUGGGGGCUUUUGGGAGAUGGAACAGGAGCAAGACUAAUAAACAAGGAGACGGUGCAAGUAGUUACUAAAGAGGAACUAGUAGCACCUGAUGGAUCUCCGAAGACAUCUGAUCUAAUCUCCAUAGACCCUUUAACUGGACUUCUUAUCCCUAAUUCAGCAUCCGUUUUGCUUCUGACCAAGGAGUCCACAUUAGCAGCACCAACUGGUUAUGCUGUGCAUCCCCAGACUGGAAAAGUUCUCCCCAUAUCUGGUAAUGUGGGGUAUGACUCAGAGAGAUCAAAAGUAGUCUUCACAACAGAUUCUACCACAGGUGAAUCAUAUUCAAGUGAUGUGCAAAUUAUCCCCUUUAUACCAUAUCCUGUAUGUCCUGAUACUGGCUUGCCUACAAAAACUCAACUGAAAAGUCUUCGCCUUGGUUGCGAAAUGAAACUAGACGGCCCUAUGCAGGAUCCAGUGACAGGAAUUCCUGUACCAAUCUUGGCAGUUACGAUUCAUCCUCAGACAGGCCUUGUAUAUCCAGUGGGAGGAACCUAUGUCAGUCCUGUUACAAACUUGGUGGCACCUAUAGAAAUUGGAGGCAUAAUGAUUGAUAAAAGAAGUAACCACAGUGUUCCUAUACUUGGAGUCAGCCUGGAUCCAUUUACAGGAGAUGUGGUCCCAUCUGGAGGAUUACAGAGUGGAUCUACUAAACCAUUUUUAAUUGGAGACUCCAGCUCAGAAUUACUCAGUGGGAAAGCAAUUCGAAUUCAGGGAGCUUGCCUUCACUUAGGUAAAAUGGUACCUUGUGCAGGAGGUUACCAUGCAUUGCUGGAUGCACAUUUGCUUGCUUCUCAGAAUAAAGUAAUAGAUGCAUUAAAAGACUAUAGGGAUGCUGCUAUUAUGGGUCUGUCUUUGCCAGAGGAUAAAGCAAUGAUGGAACAAAGAUGUAUGAAACUUGCUGUAGAAGAAAUGGAAAAAGCAGCAACAAGAAAUUUCCAGCACAUUAUUCACAACAUGCAUAACACUGAAAGACAGAAGGAGGUUGCAUCGAGUCUUGCAAGCCAUGGAGGCAGCUUAGGAAUGAUACCAUAUCCUGGUACUGAGUGCAUGAUUCCUGCAGUUGCUGGAAUAGAAAUCCCGGACCCUGGGGGCUCAGGAAUGAUGGUGCCAAUAUUAGGAGUCGAGUAUGAUGAGGAAACCAAUCAGCUAAUGCCACUUGCAGGAACAAUGGAUGAUGCAGAUGGCAGAGGACUUGUUCCCAUCACUAUCGGUGCAAUGGCCAUAGAUGCUACCACAGGAGAAACUGGUCCAGUUAUUGGUGCUGAAAUCCAUCCCUAUACAAAGUCAGUAACCUGCAUCAUACAACCUUUUCAAUGUGUACUCCCAAGAUAUCAUGAUCAGGGUCUGAAUGAAUGCCUGGGUGAAGAACUGAACGACAGAUCUGUAUGUUAUCAAAAUCAAAGAAUAAAGGAGGAAAACGUUUUCAAGGAUUUGAACUCAAUGGCAUCUGCAAUCUUUAAUUCCAUUAAAGAUGGCAAGAUUGUGAAAGUAAAGGACCAGCAUCUAAAAAAAUUAUCAUCUUUGGAAAUGGCUUGCAAUGCCUUACAAGAAUGUUUGUACUGUGAAGACCACCGAAGAAGAAGAAUUAAUGACCCAGACCUGCUGAUGCCAAAUGAAAUAAGGCAGAUGAUAACUAAAGGUGACAAUGAGGAAAGAGAGCAGAGCCUUAGAUACAUAGCAGUGCUGCAGGAAGUCCUAAAGAAGAUGUUGCAGUUCAUUGGCAAGACAUGUUCAACUUAUGACCAUCUUCAGAAACAACUGAUGGAACUGAAAAAAAGCAAACCUUCUGGUGCGAUAAAAGCGGCCAAACAAAAGCAUCAUCAAAAGUUGGGGUUGCUUGCAAGUGACUUUCAAGACCACAUGCUAAAUCGACUCGCUAGUGUGGAUUUUGCUUACAGUAAGCUAGAAUAUCUGCGGCAUCUUUCCAGCCUUCACAUCCUACACACAAAAGCUAUUCUGAAUGGCUCUUUGUAUUGCUUUGGAGAUUAUCAGCUUACUGGUUAUAAAGGUACUGGAAACAAUCAUACAACAAGAGAGAGUGUCAACCGAAAAAUGAUUCCACUGCUGAAACACUUGAUACAUCUUCUAGAGGAGGACAAAAAGCCUGCCAUUUCCCCCGAGAGAACAAGGCAGAUGUUAAGCAAAGGUUAUUCCUCGAGUACUACAGUGAAGGCUUCAUCUGCAGUUCAGAAUGACCUAGAAAGAUUUACAACAAGCCAGUCUUUACCUCCUGCUGUUGUGCCAUUGUCUUCCUUCCUGCCCACUUCUUCUGGAACAAGUAUAUCACAAAUGCAGCACACUGCCCUUUCCAGGUUUUUCAAUGAAAGACAUGCAAGUGAAAUGGUUUGUCUAGAGCUUUCAUUGUUAAGUGAUGAGAUGAGCUGUAUCUGCAAGAUGAUAGAACAAGUGAGACAAAAGACUCCCAGAAAAGGAAAGCAGGAGCAUGGUUUGAAGCCACACUUUCAACAGAAUGAUCCUAAAGGAGAAAGAGAUAUAUCUCUCAGCAGAGAAAAGAUUCUAUCACCAGAAAUGAAGCAGGAACAAAAAAGAUUUCAAGAUCUGAUGCCAGCUUUGAAGGAAUUAAUUAAAUAUCAUAUGUGCUCCAAGGAAAUGCUGUACAGCAAACAGGUUGAUGAGCUGAAGGAAGCAGGCCUGGAUCACAGGCUAUUAAAUCAACAGACGAUUUUAAGCACAGAAGAAGAAUUGCUUAAUGACCUGAUGCUGCUGGUUGAGAACUUGCAGGAAGCUUAUGCUCCAACAGGAUGCAGAACACAUGCUGAGAACCGGAGAUCAGUUAAUACUGCUGAGAUUAAUCAAGGAAAAGAAAUGUUUGAAAGAAAAGAAACCUCAUUUCUAAUGCAAGCAGCAGUUUUGGUAAAGCAGGAAAUACAAAAGGUCAUGAAGCUACACAAAAUUCUGGACAUCUAUACAAACUGGUGGCAGGAACAAUGUGGAGUGGAAGAAACACCAAAUAAAUUGAUGAAUAAGCAGUCUGGCACAAAUGGACAGAUAAUACUAAAAGAGGUGGCUCAGACCUUUGAAAAGCAAAACAUAGAAAGAAUCACUGCCUUGUUACAUCACCAGUAUAAUCAACGGAGGAAUUUUCAGAAAGAGACAAGUGACAUACUGCAAAAGAAACAUCAGUUAGAAAUCCAACAAGAACUGACUUGUAUAGCAAACGAAUGCCAAGCUCUAAUUGAGAAGAAGGUGCAAGAAAAAGAAAAAGAAAAUAUUCAAGAAGUAGUAAAAUUGAAGAAACCAAGCCAGUCACUAAAAAUUGUUUACUUACACUUGUGUAAGAGACUUCUAAGACAAACUGUUUGGCUGAAUGUAAUGUCUGAAAGAGAGAAAAAGUUUCUGUUAACAUCGCCUCAAGAACCAGAACUGGAUCAUCAUAUAAUGGAGUUGCUGCAUGAAAAUGAGACUCAGCAAUUAGUGAGAUAUGGAGGAAUACAUGUCCAUGAACUCAAUCAUAUUACUGCCAUUUUGGCACUGAAAGAAAAUCAUCUUAUGCAGCUAUCCAAUACAUUUUCAAAGCUGUUUCCAGAAGACCCAUCUGUAAUUCAUUGUGUAGAAGAAGCCAAACAUUUAAUCACUGAGUUACAACAAAUGAGAAAAUGCAAGUUUGACAAUCUUAAGGAACAAAUGGCUGAUAUCAAACAAGAAAAAAGUCUGAAGGACAGAGACGUGUGCAUUAAACUUCCAAGGCAGAAAAAGGAGUCUCGAUUACUAUCAGAAAGUGACCUGUGGAAAGAAGAUGUUAAUUUUCAAGAGAAGAAGACAGAGAUGCAGCAUUUCCUCAAAUUACAAAUCUCUGAUGAACGGAUGAAACUUCAGGAUCGAUUGGAACGAGGAGACCUUGACCAUUUAACUAAGCAGCAAGCAAUGGAAGAAUACUAUGGUGCAGUGUCACAUUUGGAAAAUACAUUUCAUCUUGAACUUGAAAAGCUCAAGAAAGAUCUGAAAGGUAACGUAAAGAAUAAAGAGCGAAAUACAACUAAAUGUACCACAGCAGUAAACAAGAAUGAGGAAGAAGCACUCCAGGGAAGAGUUCUUCAUCUUUUUAGAGAAACUGUCAAGUCCCUUAAGCAGUGUGAAUAUCUGGUUUCAUUGAAAACUUAUUUUUUAGAUCCGCAACUCAACAAACCUGUUCCUACAGAUGACUGGGCCAAAUUUUACAAGUUUUCUCCACUUCUUAGACUUCUUUAUGAAAUAGAUGAUCAGCUGAAGUCCAUUGCAACAGGGAACCUGCAGUUAUUGAAAACAAACAAUCUUGAGUGCAAAGAAAAGCAGCAAGUACAGAAGUCUCCAGAUGUCAAACCUUUCAUAGAUUUAUUGGAUGCCCAGUGGACCUGUGAAGGAGCUCUAGUACCACUUCAUACAAAUUCUCUUCCUGCAAGAGAAUACAUAAUUUAUCAACAUGGCAUAUUUAUCAUAAAGUUUCUUAAUGAGCACAUAAAUGCUCCAAAUGUCAAGCUCCAAGUUGCAUCAGGAUUACCUUUAAAUGACUAUAAUGGAAAUGCUUUUUGUAAGUCCUUCUUCUAUGAACAGAUCAGUAAAACACUAUUUAUACGUUGUGAGCGUCUUCAGUCAGUUGGCGGCAUUACUCUGUUACUGAUCCACUGUGUUUCUCACAUUAUGGCAGAGGACAUGAGUCAAGAUUCAAAUCCAAUCUUUCUGAGGUUCUUUUUCCAGGCACUGAAGGCCUACUUUAGUGAAUCCUUUUUUGUGAGACUACAUAGUUCAUCUUGUCUUCAAAACUUUACUUUGUGCGAGCAAAUAAAGUCUAUCUUGUUAAAUGGGGAACCCUGUUCCAUGCAUGACCAAAAUGUCAUUGCAGAAUUUAUUGACCAGAAGGCAAGGAUUCCUGCAAAGACUGACAUUCUAGAUGAGGGCAUUUUAAAAUACCAAGACUACUUGUCCUAUAACAAGAUCAUCUCCUUGCUCAGAGGGAAGAUGGGUGAAAAGAAUAAAGAAUUGUUAAAAUGUACUUCGAGUCAAGACCAUUUUCACUUUUGUACAGGAACUAAAGAAAUGAUUGAAGAGCAACUUGAUAUUUUAAACACUGAGCUUCUGAAGAUAUUAGAGCAAAUAUCAGGAGGACAUUCAACAUCUAAAGAAAGCAGUUCUGAUUUAUUUACCUCAGUUUAUUUAAAAAAGGAAAUAUUGAUAAAACAAAUAAAUACAAUGGAAAGAGAGCUACAGAUCUUGAAAAAUUGAAAUACAUGGUGGAUUUCCAAGUCUCAGAUAUUGAGUUCUGUGUAGGAAGAUUCUUUACUUUGGCACUGGGUCAUCAGAGGAUAUGAACAUUUUAAUUUUUAGCAUAACUGUAUAUUUGCAACAAUAAUAAGUAAGACCUUUUAAAAAGAAGCUGUCUAGAGCUUCAUUGGUGUUUUAUACACAGCUGCUGUGUUUUGUUUCUGCUAUACAUGAAACUUGGCUAAGUCAGAUCUGAAAUUAAAGGCAAGGUUCAUAAAAUAAUCCAAACAGAAAUAAAUACCAUAUUAGUUUCCUUUGUUUUUUCUUACUGUUUUCUAAACUGAAAUGAAUGCAAUACAUUUUAAAUAAUGUUCUCUAAUACAACUGAG